GCCGGGGUGGGCGACAGUCACGGUGUUGGGUGGCGUGGGAUUAUGGGCUCUUCCUCUCUGCCUUUACUCUCGCUCUCUCAAACUUAAUUCUUAUAUAUAGUGCGGUGCCAGGCAGAGAACAGGUCUAGGAACAGGAUGGCAGCACGCAGUUUUUGGACUUUUCUUGGAGCUGUAACUAUCCUUGGGACUUUGACAAUUCAGGUGCAGUGCAACGAGGAAACACAUCUGAUCAAAGACUUGUUCAAACGCUACAACAAGAAUAUCCGCCCCGUGGUUAAUCCUGAAGACAAAGUAGAGGUUCAGAUCAAGCUGACCCUCACUAACCUGAUCUCCUUGAAUGAAAAGGAAGAGACUCUCACGACCAAUGUGUGGAUUGAGAUUCAAUGGGCUGAUUAUCGUCUCUCCUGGAAUGAAUCUGAUUAUUAUGGCAUUGAAGUAAUUCGUGUCCCAUGCAACACUGUUUGGCUCCCUGACAUUGUCCUUGAGAACAACAUUGAUGGCAAGUUUGAUGUUGCCUACUAUGCCAAUGUGUUGAUCAGCAGCAAUGGUUGGAUGUACUGGCUGCCUCCUGCGAUCUAUCGCAGCACUUGUGCCAUUGAGAUUACCUUCUUCCCAUUUGAUUUCCAGAACUGCACACUAGCAUUCAGAUCCCAGACAUACAGCGCCAAAGAAGUGGACCUGAUCUUAGCCAUUGGAGAAACAGGCGAAACUAUAGAGUGGGUGGACAUCGACCCUGAGGCUUUCACAGAAAAUGGAGAAUGGGCUAUCGUCCAUCGCCCAGCCCGGAAGAUGAUCAACACGAGGUAUUCACCAGAAGACCUCGAGUAUCAGGAGAUCUUAUUCAACAUAAUCAUCCAAAGGAAGCCCCUUUUCUACAUCAUCAACAUCAUCCUGCCCUGCUCCCUCAUCUCCUCACUGGUUGUACUGGCCUACUUCCUACCUGCACAAGCUGGGGGACAAAAGCUGACCACAGCCAUCUCUGUCUUGCUGGCUCAGACUGUCUUCCUCUUUCUUAUUGCUCAGAAGGUCCCUGAGACAUCUCUGUCUGUUCCUCUCAUUGGAAAGUAUCUCAUCUUUGUUAUGUGUGUCACAACUCUCAUUGCCACUAAUCAAAUUGUAGUGCUAAACUUUUCCUUGCGAAGCCCCAGCACUCAUACCAUGUCCUACUCCAUCAAGCAUCUGUUCCUGGAGUUGGUACCACGUUUUCUUGGCAUGCCCCCACUGGUGGAUGAUAGUGAUGAGCUAACAGAGAUGAAUAACGUGAGAGACACGCGGCGAAGCUCCUUCGGCCUCAUGCAGCGAGCAGAGGAAUAUGUUCUGAAACAACCUCGCAGUGAAAUGAUGUUUGACAAACAAAGAGAGAAACAUAGUCUCAAGGGAUCGCUUGUGGACAACAUAGAUGUCAGCACCACCACCAACCUCUACAAGAGUUUGGCUCAAGCUGCACCUGAGAUCAAGCAAUGUGUGGAUGCCUGCAACUUUAUCGCUGAGAGUAAACGACAACAAAAUGCCAUUGGAUCUGAAAUUGAAAGCUGGGUACUGAUUGGGAAGAUGAUCGACAAGGUGUGCUUCUGGGCUGCCUUCCUUCUCUUCAUCUUCGGCACAGUGUGGAUCUUCUUUACAGGACACUUCAACCGGGCACCUGAAUUCCCGUUUCCUGGGGAGUACAAAAAAUAUGCCCCAAGUUAAGAUUAUUGAAACUUUCCCAUCUCUGUACCUCAUGCCCUCUUUAUGAGCUGAGGAGCCCUAGUUACAGAUUCAGAGCUCAUAUUUCAGAGCUUAUCUGUUUCCAUACCUCAGAAUUAAAAGUCUUUUUCAGACAAUUUCUGCAGCUAUCAGCAAAUCUGACUAAUUACCAUACAUCUCCCAUGGGCAUCAACAUAAAAGUCACCUAGUCUCCUGUUUGAUAUAUAAAACUGAGCCCCUUUGUUCUUCGGUUAUGUAAAAACAUCAGAUAGUUUGAUGUACUGUGCUUUUAAUCUUUGGAAAGCUGCAACCACAGAUUUUUUUUCUUGCUCUGAGCCGGACUUUAGGACUGCUCAAUUAUGGCAAAAAUCAUAAUCACCACUGUUAUGAUAGUGAGAUCAUGAUUAUUCUGCUCUCUGUGUGAGAAUUCCAGUGUUUCCUUCAGAACAAUACCACACCUGGGUGGUGGAGGGGGGGUCAUUCCACUCCAUCUUAGUCCCUGUGUUGAUUUUCUGUAUGUUUCUGCUCAGUAUUCAUCAUUAGUAGUAGUUUGUAUAAGGACACUCAAAAAAUUUAUUCAUCUCCUUCUGAACUGUUCCACCUUUUAAUCAAAAUUAAAAGUUAGGAAUCAAAAAUUGAAUUAGAAGCACUAUUAACUACCCAGAACCAAACUAGUGCUCAAAAAUGACAAUAUCAUUUCAGACGCCUAGUAAAACUGUGUAAAUCUAAUAAAUAAAAUGUAGAUUAUUCUGAGUAGAUGAGGAGUUCAUGGUAAUGUACUCUACUUUCAGUGUAUUACACAUACACAUCUUGACAUGAGCACUGAUGAGAAGGGUGAUCAGAGACCAAAGAGCACACUCAUUUUACCAGCAGAUGCCCUUUUCUGGACAGUUUAUCUCAGUUGUAACAUUUCACCAUAUAAAGAUUUUAAAAGCAGUCCGACUCACAUUACAACAAAAAAUACUGCUGGGGAAAACAGGCAUGCUAGGCUGCAGCAACCACAGAGAAGUCCCUUAAAUACAUGUGAGACUCACUACAGAUCUUUGGAUUCUUACAUGUAACGGCGGUGUUACAAUAUGCAUUGGUCUUGUUUUUUUCAUAACAUAUACAAACAGUUUGCAUACAAUGUGAGUGUGAGCUUAUUCAGACUUUUAGGUUAGAGGGAAUAUUUUUAUGUGGCAAAACAACCCUUGAAAUCCAAACUACUGUGCCAUCAUGUUUAACAUGCUGCCAUAAGCACUGUAAAGAUGUGAAUUAACCAAUAUUAAAACAGCCUUUUAAUAGAUUUUUCAAACAUGCUUUAUUGCCCUAUCUUUUGUGGACUUAUAAUUAGAAGCAUAAGUGUCACACUGUAUAGUAUUUCUACUAAAGACUGGAGAUGUUUUCCUGCAUGUACUAUGUCUUAUGCGAGGGAGCUGUGUGUGUAACUUGAGCCAGCAAACUCUGAAUUGAAGCCUUAUUCUUAUUGUAAUACUUGUUUAUUAGAGCUUUUUGUUAGGUGUAGGUGACUCUAAGGUAAGUUAUGCCGAUUACUGUGCCAUGUUGUUUGUUUUUUUUUUAAUAAAUGUAUU